AUGCCCCUCAGUUCGGCAUAUGGUUAUCGCAGGGCUACGUCCUAUUAUCGCGCGCCAUCCCGAGUCACGACGAUUAAGUGGAGUCAACCGCAAGCACCUCCGGCCGAGGGGAACCCGAGACAUGGGGACAAGGACACAAAAAGCACAAGGCACGAGACGCCCCUCGAGGAUUUCUCGGAAACCUUCGGCGCGGUGUGCAGCGAGGACGUCGGCCAGUCCCUCACUGGUAAGGCCUACCUUGAGAUAGAUCAUGCCGCCACCAUGGUGGAUGCUACGGGCUGUUGA